ACUGGCCACUUUGAAAAGUUGUUGUUAACCGACGACUCUAUCCUAAACACAUACCACAGCAACACGGUAGUUUUACACGCAUCAGUUCUGAGAAUAUACACAGGACAAAAUGCAUCAUAGUUGUUACAUGUGGAUUUUAGUGAUCGCAACAGCGGUAUGGACGGAUACAAUCACAGGACACGAAGACAAAGUGGGGAUUAAAAGUCAACAGACACAGCAACAGCAACAAUCCGAUAUUAUGCAAACAAUGGCGGACGGUGGAGGUCAUCAGUCAAUUCAUAUGACAUCUCCGGCAGAGAGUUAUUUCAAUGAUCCGCUGGGUCCGUUGGGAUAUUUGGCCAAACGUGCACACAAGCAAUACGGAUUUGGGCUCGGCAAACGUCUUUAUCGGCAGUACGAGUUCGGGUUAGGCAAACGGUCAACGUCAAAGCAAUACGGAUUCGGUCUGGGUAAGCGAGCUGCACUUAAGCAGUACGAGUUCGGCUUAGGAAAACGAGCUUCGCCGACCUUCUAUAGUUUUGGUCUGGGACGACGGGCUUCGCCACAGUACAGUUUUGGACUCGGAAAACGGGUGUCGCACCCGUCAUUCUUGAACGUAGACGAUCGGGAAUCGGACUACACGUACAACGACUUGUCGGAGGAGAGGAAGAGGACAGCGGACGAUAUGGGUCAUGGCCAGCGGUUCGCUUUCGGGCUCGGAAAACGCGGUGCGGGGGCGGAAUGGGAAGACGGUGACGGUGACGGCGACGACGCGGCGCCCAUCUGGCACCCGGCCGUCAGGCGGGCUCGUCUGCAGUACGGUUUCGGACUGGGAAAAAGGGCUGACCGCGACUAUGACGCCGCUGCCGGUAUGGAGUACGCGGAUACGCUGCAAUUAGCCGACGACGUCGCCACCACUGACAUCAACAACUAAAAACAACGACAAAUUUUCAUCCAAACACACAACAGACACACACACAAAACACACACACAAAACACACACACAAAACACACACACACACAAACGAACAGCCGUAAACGUAUUAUAGGUGGAGAUUAAUUGAGUGAUAAGGGGGGGGGGAGCACGGAAGUUUAGCCUCCCGUUGCAGUUUUUUUUUUUUUAUUUUUAACAUUUGACAAAUAGGUAUUAUUAUUUUAUAGCAUGUAAUAUGGAAAUGAUCUGUCAUUAUGUUAAAAUACACAGUAUGCAUCUUUGGACCGACUUCCAAGACGUCUCAUCCUGGAAAUGAAAAUAAUUUAUUUUAUCAGAGGUGUUCGAAAACAACUAAACAAUUCGACAUGAUUUUGGUUAUUUUUUGCGUUAUUGAAAUAUCAUAAUGUAUUUGAACAUUGUUAACUUCAAUUAAAAAAUGACGUGUUGUGUGUAUCUUCGUGGUUAAUAGCAUAAAAUAACCAAUCUCUUAAUGGUAAUAUUAAACCUGAUAAUAAAGGGAACACAAACAUUUGAAACAUAGUGGUUCGCGUAUUUGUUUACCUUUUCAAACAAUUGAUUUGUUCAGAAAAAAAAAUGAAGUCCCACUAAUAUUCAAUUAAAUCUCCACCUAUGAAACGUUAACAGUCAUGCAUAAUGUUUUAUAAAAAUCAGUACCUACACGCAACUUGCAGAAACGUAUUAUUAAAAAAAAUUAAGAAAUAAAUUACAACAAUAAAAAAAACAGACCGAAGAUUUAUUUAUGAUUUGUUUUUCUUACAGUGCCAAAUUAUAAUUAAAAUAUUAUAUUGUGUGUAAUUUUACACACGUAAAACUUCUAUUUGCUUAUUAUUAUUAAUAUGAUUAUUUAAUAUAGUUUAAGAUUAUGUUUAGCUAUUUGCUAUUUAUGAUGUUAUAUAAUAUGACGUGAAUUUUAAGGAUGGAUUAUGUUUAAUUAAGUUAAAAUUACUUGUAUCAUUGAUAAUAGAUAGUCGUCCAUAUAUCAAUAAUUGAUUUUUAUGUAGUGAAAAUUAUACAUUUCUAAAAUAACCAAAUUUACAUACCUACAGUUUUACUGCGCGCUUCCUGGUAUCAGUUGUUUUGCAUAAUUUAAACGCAAUACCGCCUCGAACGUAGGUGCAGUGGCAGGUCAUUCAAUUUUAAUAUUAACAGUGAAAAAUCGUAGUAAGUCAAUUUGAACGAAAAAAACAAAUGUUUAAAUAUAAGUAUAUUAUAUUAAAUAUUCCUAACAUUGAUGUUAUUUUUUCUCUACUAUACUAUUUUACGAAUCCCAAUCGAUGUUUCGUCACAAGCAAUCAAUUAAAAAUUAAAAUCAAAUAAGAAAAAUUCAAAUAAA